UGCACUGUGUCCCUCGAACACAGCGGGUUACCGAUCCACGGAAAGAGCCGAAGAUGUCGGCUCAGUCAUGUGAUCAGCUGUGUCCAAUCACAGCUGAUCACAUGGGACAUGUACAAAGAUCAUCAGAGCACUGAUGAACAGUGUGCCCUGAUGAUCUGUGUAGCCCCAGCAGCGCCACCUGUCAGUGUCCAUCAGUGCCAGCUGCCAAUGCCCAUCAGUGCCACAUUUCAGUGCCACAUCAAUGCCACAUAUCAGUGCCCAUCUGAGCUGCCUUUCAGUGUCACCCAUCAGUGCCACCUAUCAAUGCCAGUCAGUGCCACCUAUCAGUGCUGCCAAUCAGUGCCACCAAUCAGUGCCAGUCAGUGCCGCCUAUCAGUGUGCAUCAGUGCUGCCUAUCAGUGCCGCCUAACAGUGCCAGUCAGUGCCACCUAACAGUGCCAGUCAGUGCCGCCUAUCAGUG